AUGGAAUCUGAAUUUGUAAAACCUAUUUCUCACUAGCUCACUGUUAAGGAAUCUAUCAAAGAUAAUAAAUUAAGAAUUUCCUUAAUUCCUCCUGCUUCUAUUAAAAGAAGGACUAACUCGAAUAUUUGCUGUGUUGUUGAUGUUUCUGGUUCUAUGGGAACUGAAGCAAAUUCAAAUAGCUCUGUGUCUUCAUCUGAAAAUUACUGUCUCAGUAUUUUAGAUAUCGUUUAACAUGCUCUUAAAAUGAUUGUAAACACUUUAACGCCUGAUGAUGAUUUAUCUCUUGUAGUGUUUAGUUCUAUGGCUAUAGAAGUUUUUGAUACACUAAGGAUGGAUGAUGCAAACAAGAUAUUAGCUAUUGAUAAAAUCGAAAAGCUAGAAGCAAGUGGUAGUACUAAUCUCUAGCAUGGUAUAUAAGUUGGAUUAAAUAUUCUAUCAAAAAGUAAAUCCUAAAAUAGAAAUUAAGCCAUGUAUGUCUUAACAGACGGAUAACCUGAUGAUAGAAAUGUAAUGUAAUUUUUAAAGAAAUACAAGAAAGAUAACCCUUAACUUAGAUGCACAAUAAGCACUUUUGGCUUUGGAAGUAGCUGUGAUAGUGAACUUCUUGAUGAAAUAGCUAGAGAAUAUAAUGGAAUGUAUUCAUUUAUUCCUGAUGCAACCUUAAUUGCAACAGCUUUUGCUAACGCCUUAGCAAAUACACUUACUGUCUUUGCCAACUAUGUCUAAUUAAGAGUAAAAUCUCUUAACUCUUUUAAGUUUAAUGUCCCUCCUUAACAGCCAAUUUCUUCAAAAUCAAUAUCAAAAUAAUAGGAUGUAAUAAUCUAUGGAGGAGUAGUUAACAUCCAAUAAAAUAGAGAUUAUAUUCUUGAUAUUUUAGAAAUGCCUUAAGAUGAAAAUCUACCAUACGCUCAAGUAGAAGUUAUUUAUUAAGAAAGCUUUAGAAGCGAUAAGUAAAAGAAUGAAAAAAUUGAAGACAAAAUAGUUAUGGCAACUUUAAAUUCUAGAGAAUAUGAAUAAGACUUUGAUAAUCACAUUUACAGGUAUAAAGUGAUAAGUGCAAUCGAUGAAAGUAUUAAGUCUUACAAAAAAAACUAAUAGAGUAGUGAUAUAAAAAAUAGACUAAUGAAUCUAAUAGAAAAAAUGGAAGAGAUUCAUGAUUAAAAUGAUAGGCAUUUUGAUGGUAUCUAUAAAGAUUUAGUAAGAACAGUCAGCGAAGCUUUUAAGGAUGCCAAAACAUUUACUAGUUGGGGUGAGCAUUAUUUAACAUCUCUGUUGAGAGCCCAUUUAAUUUAAUAAUGCAAUACUUUUAAAGACCCAGGUGUUUAACAUUACGGUAAAGAUACCUUCAAAGAAAUAAGAGCAGUUGCUGAUGAAACCUUUGUGAAAAUGCCUCCUCCUAAACCAUAUUCUAGAGCAAAUUAUUACGAUUAAAUUUAAUAGGCGAGCUAAACUGUCUAAGUAUCUUAAUAAUCGAAUUAAAGUUCUUCAUCUUAUAGUAGUGCUUAUAACAUGAAUGACUAUCAUAAUUAUAGCUCUGGAGGUUGCAUGCAUGGUGAUUCACUAGUAUAGCUUUCUGAUUCAUCCUUUAAAAUGGUAAAAGAAGUUAAAAAAGGAGAUAAAGUUAUUUGUCCUUUACUUGAAAACUAGUGUGUUGAAGUCGAAUGCGUUGUAUUAUCUAAAUGUGAAGACGGAACAAAAGAAUUUGUAUAGCUAGGUACUGAUCUAUGGAUUACUCCAAAGCAUCCUAUUAGAGUUAAUGGAGAAUGGAAAUAUCCAAAAGAGUUAGGUCAAACUGUAGUAAAGACAUCAGAUUACAUUUACUAGUUUGUACUUAAAACCGGUCAUACUAUGAAUAUUGGUGGUUAUGAAUGUAUAUGUUUGGGUCAUAACUUUUAAGAAAGAGUUGCUUAUCAUCCUUAUCUUGGCUCUUAGGCAGUAGUUGAAGAUUUAAAAUAAAUGAAAGGUUGGAAAGAAGGCAAAGUCAUCAUUAGAUCUAGAGUAAGAGAUUAGAUUACUAAUCAAGUUAAAGCUUUUAUACAGUGA